GCCCGUGCGGCACCCCCACCUGUGGCGACGGGAUGGCGGAGCUGGCGCUGAGCGCGGAGGCGGUGCUGGGCUUCCUGCGGGAGCGCGGCGGGCGGGUGCGCAACGCCGAGCUGGUGAGCGCCUUCCGGCCGCUGCUGGAGCCCGCCGGGGCCGGGGCCGGGGCCGGGGCCGGGGAGGCGGCGGGGCGGGCGGAGCGGCGGGAGCGGUUCAAGGCGGCGGUGAACGCCGUGGCCACGGUGAAGGACAUCGACGGCACCAAGUUCGUGGUGCUGCGGCGGGAGCUGCGCUCAGCCCCGCGCGGGGGCGCGAUGGCGCCGGGGGGCGAUGCCGGUGCGCUCCCGGUGCCGGUCCCUGGCCCCGGCCCGGUCCCCGGCCCCGCCGGGACGCCCCCCGAGGAGCCGCCGGGGCCGCGGGCGGUGUCCGAGCUGCGGGGCCUGUUCCAGGGCGGCGGCGGCGGGGUGCCCCUGCCCGGCGGCGCGGGGGGGGCCCGGCGGGAGCCGCCCCCCAAGCCCUGCAUGCUGCCCGUGCGCUGCGUGCCCGUCCCCACCGCGCCCGCGGAGCCGCCGGCAGCGCGGGCCGAGCCGCCCGCAGCGCUGUCCCCGCCGUCCCUGGAGGACGACGCCGGGUCCCGCUCCCCGGGGCUGCGGCGGGGCUCCAAGGCCCACCGGGGCAGCGAGGAGACCGUGGUGCCGCUGGAGCAGGCGGAGCACCAGUGGCUGGUGCUGGCGGCCGGCGGGCAGUGGACGCAGCAGCUCCACGGGCUCCUGCUGGGCGAUGCCAGCCUGGCGGCUCGCAGGGACUUCGUGUCCGGCUUCACCGCCCUGCACUGGGCCGCCAAGAGCGGCAACUGCGACAUGGUGACCAACAUCAUCCGGGCGGCAGAGAAGGGGGGGGCCCGCGUCAACGUGGAUGCCCGGUCGCACGGCGGGUACACGGCCCUGCACCUCGCCGCCAUCCACGGCCAGGACAAGAUCAUCACCAUGCUGGUCUACAGCUACCACGCCAACACCGAGCUGAGGGACUACAGCGGGAAGAAGGCACACCAGUACUUGAAGGAAGGGACCUCCCUCACGAUCAGGCGCCUGCUGGGGGACCCCAGCCUUUCCCAAAACAUGGAGCACUCCGUGCCCAUCAAGAAGUCCACAAAGCUUGCGGCUUCAAUCUUGAGCUCCACUAGCACCUUCCUGGGGGUCAUAUCCGAUGACAUGGCUUUCUACGAUCUCACCAAGGGUUUAAGGAAGCCCUCGACUUUAAACAAGCUUCUGGCUGCCACUACGGGCCCGAGGAGGAAGCCAAAGACCAGAGGGGGCUUCCCUUCAUAUUCCUCCCUCUCCGAGGUGAUGGAGGAGGAGGAAGAGGUCGUCAUGAAACGCAGACCCGUUUCUGAGCUGUUCUUUGGCCACUAGCCUCUGCCUUACUGUGAUCAAAAUUGUUGAGUAACGUGGCUGGUGUCUCAGUUUCUCUCGCAGAAGCAGUUUGGAUUUCUUCUCUCCGUGUCUGUCAUUUCGGAUGUUUGACUAAAUCGUCGAUCCGGUCUGGAUCCAAAGUUCACAGGAUGGAAACCCAGCUCCAGGUGCCUGUGGGAAGGGAGCUGCCAGGGAGUGCUGUACAUGCUGUCUGAACCAUCGUGCGGAUGCACCGGUGGAGACCACAGACUUUAUACUUGAUGCUUGAAAAACUAAAACGGCCUCUGUGUGUGUAGACAGGUGAAAAUGCUUGAGGUACAGCCAUCUUGAUGUGUGUUCCUCGGAUGGAGAGCAGAAGAAAGGUGAAGGAUUGUGUAUUUUACACUGUGAACAGCAAGCUGGUAGCUGGCUACUUAAACAGGGCUUGUUAUCUAACAGGCUUAAAUUAUCAGAGGAAAGAUACAUAGUUUUCUAUGAUGUUUCUGAUUAUUUUGGUAGAAGAAGAGGGAUAUUUCUAUUUACAAAAAUUGUGUACUUUUUCAAAACUAAGUUUCUCACUAUCAGAAAUACUAACAAUAAUCUCAGUUGUUGCCUUAUGCAUUUCUUUAGAUGAACAACUUAAAGAGAACCCAACCUUCAGCACUCAAGUCACCAUGACUUGUCUACCUCAGUUUGGAAGCUUGGUUAGCGUUUUGAUUUUUCUUCUCUUCCCGAAAGACUUUUGACCAGGUGGUACUGACCACAUGUCUUGAUGAUACUGUGAACAUUCAAACGUGACUAUAGUUCAGUCAACUUAAUCUGAAUAAAAAAACCUUGUUGAUAGUGAAAAACUGAACUGAAAAGCUGGGAAUCAGAACCUGCAGAGUUUCUAAGUAGCCAACUGGAAACAAAGUUGGGCUCGUAUGUCUGAUUCUUUCUGUUUAAAACUUGGCCUUUGAUUUUGACCUAUUCACAAUAAAUGUUUAUAAACAUUGGGCUUUAUGUUAAGUGUUUCAUGAUGGAAUGUCUGCAUGACCUCUUACAGCAAUGUUUAUCUUAACAGCAUGAUUCAUUGACCUAAAACUAGCUCGUCUUUUGUAUGAUUAACAUGAUUGUUCUAUAUAGAGAGCUACACGUAGCUCCAAAAAGCAUGCUAACUGCAGGUUAAGGAGUAUACUUGCAGUGAGAUUAUUAUUUUUUUAAUUACCAUUUGGUUAAAGGUAACGCAGAGAGGCAGAGCUGUGAACAGAAACUGUCCAAAUCCUAGGGCCAGUCUGCUAAAACAGCACAUUUUCUGUAAAAUGUGACUAGAAACCUGUAUGGCUGAGGUGAUGAAGGUGACAGCGGUGCUGUGCUGGCUCUGCUUCGCAGCCCCAUCGGGUGUGUUGGUUUGCACACAGAAACACUUGUUUGCAUGCUUUACCUUUCUGUCCAAGUCAGUGACUUCAGGAAUGUGGGGUUUUUCUGCCUUGAAUUAAGCCUAGCACUUGUAACUGGCUCUAACUGGCUUGUGCCAAAUGCUCAGCAAGGAAUGCUGUAGGACUGAAGGUGGAGGCACUGCCCUCUGUGCUUUCGAGUGCUCUCCCUGGAGUCCCUGGAGUCGGUGCUGCGGGUGGGGAGUGUGAUCAGAGCUUGCAGUGGGCUCUGGUGCACCUGUUCUAGGAAGAGACUGGAUUAUUCUGCACCGGUCUGCUUCUGCAUUGAACUCAUUAAGUUGUUAAGCAAAGGUUAAUGAUCAAGCACCUCAUGACUUCUAUAUCUGGAGUAGGGUUUUAAAAAAAUAAAAUCCAAUUUGCUGCGUA